UUCAGACCUCACGCUGCUGCCAUCACAGUUGUGGGUCUUCGGCGUGUGUUGCAAGGAGGCUUUAGCAGCAGUACAGCACAGUGGAAAAUGGCGCGGUGGUGUCUACAAGCAGUGAGACAGAGCUACUCAUGUGUAGCUUCGCCUGCGCUAAUAAGGGCGUGUCCGCGAUUGUUAUGCACAGCCACCCAGCAGAAGAAUGGUCAUAGGUCAGAGGAGGAGGCUGAAAAGCCAGAGCAGACUGCAGCAGAGAAAGCCCUGGUGGAGAAGACCCAGCUGGAGGAGCAGCUCAAGGAAAUGACAGAAAAGUACAAGCGGGCCUUAGCAGACACAGAGAACCUCAGGAGAAGGAGUCAGAAGAUGAUAGAAGAUGCUAAAUUAUACGGGAUCCAGGACUUCUGUAAGGACCUGCUGGAGGUGGCUGACAUCUUGGAGAAGGCAACAGAGAGCGUGCCCAAGGAGGAGGUGACGAGCCAGAACCCCCACCUGAAGAACCUGUACGACGGCCUGGUGAUGACCGAAGUCCAGAUCCAGAAGGUGUUCACCAAGCACGGCCUGGUCAAGCUCAACCCAGACAACCAGAAGUUUGACCCCUACGAGCAUGAGGCCCUCUUCCACGCCCCCGUAGAGGGCAAGGAGCCCGGUACCGUUGCCGUAGUAACCAAAGUGGGUUACAAGCUUCACGGCCGCACCCUCAGGCCAGCAUUGGUGGGAGUGGCUAAAGCCCCCUAGAAAUGAUGAUGUAACUAUGACAAAGUGGGAUUUGUUUGGCUGCAGAAUGGAUGGCCUCAGAUAAAGGAGACUGGUCAAUUCACCCUUUUCCCACAAGUCUGUCUUCGCCCUACCCCCCACCCUAAGGUGCCUCACAGAGAUGGGAAGAGAACUCACCGGAUCAUGCAGAGGCUUUCAUUGUUAACUGGAAGAUAAGCAGGUGAAAUAUGUUUCACAAAAAAAGUAACAAGUGAUCAUAAACCCCUCUAAUUUUAAGUUUUUCUGGUGAGCUAUGAAGUCAAAUAUCCACAAAUUUAGCCAUUCUGAUUCUGAACUGCUGGCCCUAAAACCCUAACAGUCUUCAACUUUACUCAGUUGUCUUUUCUUGUUUGUGAGGUUUAAAUUCAUUCUGUGGGAAGAAAGCAAGGAACAGUACUUGAGGAUCUGAAGAAAAGUUGAGAUGUUACUUUGUACUGAGGUGGACGUCCCAAAGCCUAUACAUUCUUUCUCUUGUUCAUUUGGAUGUUGUCAGACUCCGGUAAUAUCUGGAUGCCAGUAGUUCUGGACAAUGAACAGCUUCAUAUGUAAACAAUUAGAAUAAUUAUUAUGGACCUUUUGUCCAAACUGUCACAGAAUCAGAAUAAACUGAUAAAAUCUUG